AUGGGAUCAAACAAGUACACAGUCAUACUUCCAACUUACAAUGAAAGAAAGAACUUACCCAUUCUAAUUUAUUUGUUAGCAAAAACUUUCAAUGAAAAUAAGAUUGACUGGGAGGUGGUUAUUGUUGAUGAUAACUCUCCAGAUGGAACACAAGAAGUAGCAAAAAAGCUAGUUGGAGUUUUUGGAGAAGAUCACAUUCAAUUAAGACCAAGAGCUGGAAAAUUAGGAUUGGGAACAGCUUAUGUUCAUGGGUUAAAAUAUGCAACUGGAAAUUUCGUUAUAAUUAUGGAUGCAGAUUUUUCACAUCACCCUGAAGCAAUUCCUCAGUUUAUUGCUAAACAAAAGGAAGGUGAUUAUGACAUAGUCACUGGUACAAGGUAUGCUGGUGAUGGUGGUGUAUAUGGAUGGGAUUUGAAGAGAAAGCUAGUCUCAAGAGGUGCUAACUUUUUGUCCUCUAUUGUUUUGAGACCAAACGUGUCUGACGUAACUGGUUCUUUCAGAUUAUAUAGAAAGCCUGUUUUGGAUAAGAUUAUCAGUGAAACUAAGUCCAAGGGAUAUGUCUUUCAAAUGGAAAUGAUCGUGAGAGCAAAAGUUCUCGGUUACAGCGUGGGAGAAGUUCCUAUAAGUUUCGUUGACAGAUUGUACGGAGAUUCUAAACUUGGAGGAGAUGAAAUAGUUGGCUAUCUUAAAGGAGUCUGGUCUUUGUUCACAACCCUCUGA